AUGUGUAAUAAAAAGGUGGUUGGCAUUACUUUGCUUGUCAUUGGUAUUGUAUUAAUAGCCAUAGGCAUCAUCAUAGGACUGCUGUUACCAAGUAUUGCGUUUAAAGAAGUAGAGAAAACGACGUGCGUGAACAGUAAGGACAGCGCCGGGUAUGAACGAUGGGUGAGUAAAAUGUAUGUGGUACAGUACCAAUUUCUCUCCUACCCGCCCUACGGAGCGAGAGAGAAAGAGACGGGUCUCCCUCCCCGCUCCGUAGGGCGGGUAGGAGAGAACCCUGGGAACGAGGUUGGUACAGUACACGCCCACGAAUAAGAACCUCCUUUAUUUGAGAUCUGGCAAAAUAGGUUCUUGUAUUUUGGGGUACUUAUCGCCAAUUUAGGCUAAGUAUGUUCAAGUACAUAUACCUCAGCGCUCCACGUCUUGGUGAUCACUAUUCACCCAGCAUUCGGGGGAUUUUUGUAUAGUUUCCAAGACCACCUUUCUCGAAAGGCCCAGAAACUUUUCCUGCCCGAAGGCAGACUAGAACCACCGAAUUUUGCUUUGUAAAACUGAUAGUUCCAUUGUAUCAUAGACCUAUUCGGCUAACUCAGUGUUGUACCCAAUUCAAAUCUCCCGGGGCUAAGAUUCUUUGUGUAUUGUAUUUGCAUUAUAAUGUGGCAUUCACACUUAAAUGAUAUGGAAAUUCCCGAAACAAAACGGUUUUUUCCCAAAGGGUUUGAAUUGGGAAUGUUGUGGUUCAAUUUUAUCCUUGGUUUAAAUUUAUGUUCGUUUGUUUCAAAGUCAUUAUCAUACAUUACCAUACCCAAAAACAAAAGAAAAGAAAAUUUGAACCAAGGAUAAAAUUGAAUCACAACAGGUACAACAUUAAGUUAGCCAAAUAGGUCUAUUGCCAAAAUUUUUGAAACUUUAUUCUUGAAUCUAAACGCGACAAACACAAAACAGCUUUCCGACCUGGCUUGGAAAAACGAGGCACAGUCAGGUGUUUUCUAAAACCGUCUUCAAGUUAAAGUUGCCUAGAUAUCUAAUGAAACAUGUAUCGAGUGUUUGAUACAGCUUCUCAAGGGAGCAAUGACUUUUUAGUAAGAUUCAAAUCUGAAGUUGGCAAAAUUUUAUGGUUAUUAUGUUUAUCCGAUAUUCAGUUUUCCUUCUUUUAUGAAUUAUAAGUUUAAGAAGAGGUUUGAUUUUCUCUUAAACUUACAGGCUAGUGACCACUACUGUAAUGCAUUUUGAGGAAUAUAAUCCAACUGAUUGUUAAAGUGCAUGUAGGGGAGGGGAGGGGGGAGAGUCGACAUUAUUACGAAGGCCUUGCGAGCUGGGAAAGGUGUGAUAAACACAACUAAUUUUGAUUGAUGACAAUUACUAUUUUUUAUUUCCAGAAAGGGCCCACUUACUUUACGAACAGAGUCUACAUCUGGAACAUUACAAACAAAGAAGGAUUUCUCUACAGACAAGAAAAACCAAAGGUAAAGUGGACGUAAUUGUUAUGAGUGAAAUGACACAAUUGCCAUUGGAGCUAUAUAUGUUGCAUUUUUAACGAGCACUGUCAGGAGCCCAUAACUCGGAGCGAGCAACUCACAUACUAGGCCUAUGUCACGGCGUUUUUACGGACCAGUUUAUUUUUAGACACAUUUUAGGGCACUUUUUCCUGCAAAAAUAGAAUCUCCACCAUGUCUAUGAGCGCAUUCGUAGUGUAAGAUAUCAAAAAGGAAAACUAAACGUUAUUAAAAGGCAAAAAAUAUCAUUUUUAGGUCCGUAGGUUUUGCUGACUGGCUUGUGGAAUUUAAACGAUACUCAAAAUUCGCGCCAAAACCGUUCUAAAAAUAAACUGGUCCGUGAAAAUGCCGUGACAAUAGCGCGUGGAAGUUUCUCGCUCCGGGUUGCGAAUUCCUGGCACUGUUACGGUUUAUCUACCCUGGGUGGGUUCCAGAUUACCUGCUAGCAGAAGUCUCUCGGGGCAAGAAAAGAUGGAGAGGGAAAAGAGAGACCUCUGCCGGCCUCCGAUACGUUUUCUAUGACCCAUGCACUGGCGUUUCCUUGACAACCAGUAAUGUUUUAGUCACGUGCGACAAAACAUACAGAACUAGGUUGAGUUUGAUCGUCAGGAUGAACGUAGUCCUGAAUAGGACUGUUGUUGUUGACAGUGACUGACGUUUCGACAACCUCUGCGGUAGUCAUCUUCAGAGUCAAAGUAAGUUGUAUCACGUCAGUUGAUGGUAUUGUACUCUAGUUACUGAUCAAAUGCUGCGACUGCCAGGCUUCUUACAUUGGUGAAACCGGCAGAAACCUAAGCACGCGACUGACCGAACACAAACGAGCGACGAGGAAUGGCGACGUCAACAAUCACAUUGCUGAGCACCAUUUACAGACGAAACAUCAAAUUGACUGGGACUCUGCGACAUGUAUAACGUAUUCUACAGACUACUACCAAUGUCUUACUUUAGAAAGCUGGUUUACUCACUUAGAACAAACGCCACUGAAUCGUAGCCAACAGUUACCAGCGCCGUACAAGGACUUGUUGACGAGAUCAAUCAAAACUAACUACGAGAGAACGACUGGAGAACUGACAAUUUGACUAACAAUAGACAACUGUUUAACUGUGACAAUAGACGGAUCGAAACGCACCAAUUACUGAUUACGAGUCUUCAUAGCCAAUAACAUCACGGCUUAACUGACAGACGACCAAUAACAUCGCGACGCAAUUGAACAAUCAUAUCAAUAACCAGAGUAUAAUACCAUCAACUGACGUGAUGCAACUCACUUUGACUCUGAAGAUGACUACCACACUGGUUGUAACUGCACUGUCAUCAACAACAGUCCUAUUCAGGACUACGUUCACCCAGACGAUCAAACUCAACCUACUUUUGAAAUGACUCCUGGGUUCAAACCUUUCACAGUUUCACAAAACUCACAGAACCGGCUUGCGCGAUAAUAACUGUGGGCUCAGAAAUUUCCGGCGUGUGUGUCUCUACGGGGCUCGCGCACUCCACAUUUUAAAACGAAACUGGUUUUGAAAACCAUUAAGUUUCGGCCACAAAUCUAGUCGCCGGCUACGUGAAAGAACGCGUCGGAGGCCGGCAGAGGUCUCUUCCUUUCCUAUUAUUCUUGCCGUGAAAAAAGACCUCUGCUAGCAGGAAAGGUGCCAGAGGGAUUUUUCCUUACCUAGUCCCCUACCUCAUCCAGCGGUUAGCAGGAGAUUGAAAGGUUCGGUUAAAGUAGGAUGAGUAUAGGUAACAGCAUGAUUAGUAGUGAUAUUUGGCACAAAUACUACGAGUGAUAUUUCCAAAUUGUUAUACGUAAUUUUACGAUCCGUUAAGCGAGUGAAAUUUGAGACAAUUUUGAAAUGUCACGUACAAAUCAUGCUAUUAUUUGUUGAUACUACUAAUUUUUUUUUUUUUAAUUUCCACAUGUAGGUAUUUCAAAUUAGGCUGAAAUACCACUGCUCUAAGCCAAUCAAAUUGCAGAAAUUUCUCAUGUAGAAGUAUAAAACAUGAAAGAAACACAAAUCUAAUUUAUCCCAAAGAUAUUUUGGCAGUAGUGUGCUUUGGUGUUCCCCUUCCUACAAGCCAAUUCAACAACAGUUUCCGCAAAACCAGGACUGCACCCCCCUACCCAACUAUUUCCGUCAGAUUUUGUCGUGUACGUUUAUAACGUUUUAAUAAGAUAGGUGCUCUCAAAACAGUUUUUGAUCUUUGUGAUAGACUUGCCCACACUCGUCGACUAUUCAUGGGAAGAAUAAAGCACACUCGUUUCCAAGUUUCUCUCCUACUCGCUCCGUAUCGACGAGAAGGAGAGAACACUGUAACAAGGUUGAAAAUGAAGGGAAGAGAGGAAAACCAAAUUAUCAAAUGAACCAUGUUUAAUUGAUUAAUUAAUUAACUAAUUUUUAUUUCCACUAACAUCUUUAUAAGUUUAAGAUAUCUGGUUAUUUACCAGCUCGAGGAGAAAGGUCCUUACAUUUACACAACAGAAUCAGUGAAGGUUGAUGUCAAAUUUGAAAACGAUCGAGUAACAAGCAAGACCUUUGACAAGGCCAAAUUCAACAAAACAUUAACAGCCAAAGAAUGCCCGAAGUGCAACGAAAAUGACCAGGUAUGUUACGUUAAAAUCAAACGAGGCUUAACCAGGAAAUAAUGAAAACCAGUCAUAAACGAAAAUGUUGAAAUCUAAGAGAUUCCUCUAUAAAGAUUUUAAGCAAGCUUUACCUUGUGUUUUUAUAUGUGGCUAAUUCUGUGGUCCUGAAAUAUAAACAUCUUUAAUUAUAAACUAAGAAUGGUCGCUAUUUUUCUUUACAGUUGACCGUACUAAAUGCUGCUUACCUUGGGCUCAUGGCAAAAGUUAAAUCGGCGAAGGACUUUGGGACGGCGUUUAUACCACUCAUAUUGAACUUGGUAUUUCACGCUUUGGAUGGUAAAACCAGAAACAGAAACAACACAUUGCUUUUGAUGGGAAAGUCCCAGACCGAUCAAUUAGAAUUCCCUUCCACUGCAACUCUGGCGUUUGGUUCCUGGAUAAAUUCUAAUCAUCCUAAUCCCUUGCAAAAUGCUGCCUUCGGACAUCUUAAACGAAAUUACUCUCUUCAAGAAAUGAGCGGUCUUUACGGAGCGCUCACGGAUUCGACAUUUUUACCGUUUACAAAUACUUCCCUUCUAGCACGGUGUACAAACAAAACCAAUCCGCCUUCUCGAGUCUGUGGGCUAGCUAUUAAUCUUGGAAUUUAUGCCGAUCCUAAUGUACCCUCGAAUGUAAAAUUACCUAUUGCUCCAUGGAUUCAAAGUUUUCUGUGUCCGAAGGCAUCAUCAUGUUACAACACGACAAAUAACUCAGCAGCCAUACUUGCUGUUGCCGCAUUCAUCGCAGGACCGCUACCUAGGUUUGUUCUACAAUAUUUGGAGAACAAUAAUUAUGGUCUCACGACAACGCGGAACCAAAGUGAAAUAAUACUGGGAUAUUCAAUGGACAGGCUGCCUCUUCCUCCACCAUUUGUUCCAAGCGUGAUCCCAGUACCUGGUCCCGUAACUUCGUAUAACAACGAAACAGAGGCGAAGGCUCGUGGGAAAAACUCGACCUUCUACACGUGUGAAUCAACAGAGCAGCGUUUCACUUACGCAGGUAAAGGGUGGGGGAAAAGAGGGAGGGGUGGGAGACCGGCAGUAUAAGGGGCGAGGGAUACGGGACUGAGACGGGACAGGAAAGGGAGAGAGCGGGAGGUAUAGCUCUAAAACGGUGGGAAAAGGGAGAAAAAUAUGGGGGAAAUUACGCAACAAUGCUUAACAUUUCGCAAUCGAAAAAGCCCUACAAAGAGGAAGUCAAUGAAAAGGGCCGGGUCGGGAGCCGGGAAUGCUAGUUACGGAAUGCAGGAAGUUUAGACCUCCCUGUCUAUCCCAAAAGUACCACCACCACCACUGAAAGUGUUACUGCCACAAUGGGUUUAGAGACAUAGAAACUUACAGUUCAUUACAGUAGGGACUUUACGAUCCGACGACGAGAUGACAGCGAGAACGUCAAAAAAAGCAAUGGGUUUCAGAGGGCAAAACAACAACUUUGCACGUGCAUCACACUCUUUUUGUACGUUUCUUUGCCGUUUUUGAAAGACUACGACGUGAAAUUGCCUAAUUUGACAUUUUAUUCAGGUGGUAAACCGCAAGGGGCGACGACGAAAAGAUCUUGAUGGCUUAUAUGGCUGAUUCAACGAAAGUUGCUUUUGGCAUUUAGAAUUAGUGGGCACUAGGAAGCUGUUGUUUGGUGGUCAUUCAGGCAAAUCAUUGCAUUGUUCUGUAUGCCCAUGCCAAAUGCCCAAUGCUCAAAUAAUAAUAAUAAUAAUAAUUGUUUAUUAUUAUUGUUCUCAAAGCAACCUUUAAUGAAUCAGCUAUAUAUGUACAAUAGGUAUCGAUAUAUCAGCGAUCUCUGUUGACUUCAUAAAAUGUUCUUUUGUCCAUUGAAAAGCAGUUCAGCAGUUCAAGAAGGAAAGUCCUAAUAAAACGGGAAAUAUAUAUAUAUACUUAAAAGAGUUGUCCUCUCCUUUCGUUUUUAGCUUUUGAUGGUAAAACACAAAUCGAUUCGAGUCUUUACCCGAACGCCACCGACGAUCAGUUAAAAGUACGUGGCUACUACAUACAAUUUCCAGGUCAAAAGAGUCUGGAACCGUGUAAGACGGGAUACAGUCGUCAGGAACCAAGAUACGAGCUGUUCCUAACAGAUUUUUCGUUUGCUGUCAACGUCAGCCACACCCAAGACGUGGAACUACACGGCAUUCCAAUGCACCGAUACACCCUGGAUAAGUCUGCUCUUGAUGUUAAUAACGUGACUGUGUUUACUAAAGGGGUAUUUGACGUGCGUAAGGUCUUGGGUGGACCCCUUUUCUUCAGCCUUCCGAGGUUUCUUCAUAGCGACUCGUUACAUGAGGAAUUGGAUCUCCCAGCUCCAGAAGAAACGAAGCACGAAUCAUUCGUAAGUAUCAGAAUCUUUAGUGGUAAUUUUGUGUGUCUGUGUGUCUGUGUGUGAAUUGCACAAAAAAUAUCUGGAUUAUUGGACUGAAAUAUUCGGGGCAGGUAAUUAACCUAUGUCAUUCCCUUCACUUGAGUUGUUUUAAUCUUCUUCGUUAUUACUCCAACCCUCUUAGUUUGUCAAGUGUAGUGUUGUCAGUGUUUUGUUUAUCAGACCUAUUGCUUUGUUGACGUUCUUGUUGCGGUCGCCGUGGUCGGAUCUUAAGUUUCAUGAUCCCUUAUAAUAGGGAAACAUUAUUUUAGCAAACUUUCACCUAUUUUGUGCUCAUGUUUUUCCUUGUAGCUAAGUAUAGAGCCAAUAUCGGGGUCUGCAAUGGAUCUUAAACUUCGCCUUCAACUAAAUGGUAUGAUUCUAAACACAUCAAUACACACUGAUUACCAACCACAGCUCAAUGUCACGUUCCUGAACAAACUUUUUCCUAUUUGGUGGUCAGAACUGUCGGGAGGCAUUGAUGAAGAAACGGCUGAAACUUUCCGUUCUAAGGUAAACACUUAACAAACAACAACUAUUUUUAUAACUACUGUAUUAGCAAAACAAUACAAUAAUUACCCUCAAAAACCACUACAAAAAUUAAAUUCAGUUUAAAGUAUUUUAUGUCUCCUCCCCGGUUUACUGAAACACUAACUUUAAACCCCCCUUUACUGCCAACAGCCAAGCUUUGUUUGCUAGACGCCUAACUUAGGAAACAAAGAAAACCGAGACUAUGGUCUGGGAUUAAAAACAUGGCCAAGUUAAUGGCCGGUUUUAUUCAAAUCUGUAAAAUCAUCUUAUCAAUGUUAAAAUAUGAAAUAAUGUUACGAAUUUAUAGGUCUAGCAAAGGUGAGGGACAGAAGAAAAAGGCAACUAAACUACAAGAAAUACCUAAAGCAAGUAAAAAAGGUGGAAGAUUGGGGAGGAGGCGGGUCGAUUGCUUGUUCAAAGGAUAAGCGGGUCAGCUAUCGAAGAUUCGGCUUGAUGUCAGCUUUCAGACCGAGAGGAUUAACAAAAGGUUACACCCUCUUAUAAAGGGUCUCCGCGAGAUAAUGAGAUCGAGGCUAAGUAGAUUUACUUUGAGUGGCCUUACGAUAGGAGCUCGUGAUUAUUACUCAAAAGUAAUUUUACUUUUGGUCUUGUGAUUUUCAUGCGAUCGUAAACCAUUGUAAGAUAAUUCAAAGUUCACAUUCGAGAGCCUCUAAGCCUUUGAAGCCGCAAUCGACCCCACCCCUCCCAAAAUCCAUGCAUUGAAGAAAUUGGAAGGGGAGACAUAAAAAUUUUUAUUUGGUUCCAAAUAAACUCAUUUAUUUGGUAACUGGCAAAACAAAAAAAACAGGUUUUAGUACAAAGUAUUGUUUAUUCCUGAAAUGAGUAAGUAUACGAAUUGUUACAUUUUGUUACCAUGGUUAAAAGAUUUGCCUUUACAUCAGCGUCACGAGGCCAUGCAAUUUGGAACAGAAAAUGUGUCUUCAUUUCAUUUUUUUCUUAAAAUAAUGUGAAGACAUUAAACACAAUACUGAAUACAAUACAAUACAAUACAAUACAAUUUUUAACGGGGUUAAAUGUGCUUAGCUGAGCUGGAAUAGCUUUUUAGAAAAAUUGUGAGUUCGAAAACUAAGGGUUAGUUUUCGUGGCAUGUGGUAGAUAACCUUACAGACAAAAAAAAGAAAUUUAACCCCUUAGUUAUCGAUUUCAGAAUUUUUCUGAAAUCUAUUCCAAGCCCAUCACAUGCUAUCCUUCUUUCUUUUCUUUUCUUUUCCAUUUUGUAGCUGUUCGGAAGCCUACAACUGUCCUGCGGCUUGCUCGUGGCCUUGCCUGUGAUUGGAGGAAUCUUGCUCAUGGCGGGUGUGGUCCUUAUCGUACUCGCUGUCAAGAAAAGUUCUGUAACCGCAGCGUAAAACGCGAAGAACAGGACAUCUGUGUACAUAUUAACCUAGAAACAUCUCUCUAGUUUGAGAACAUCGAGAGAGUUCACGCGCAGGCGACACGCAAAAGGACACGCGAACGAGAAGAAAACUGGGCCGAGUUAAUUUUGGCAAAGACUUCUGGGCUGUUGCUAGGGACAACAGGAAAAAAUUGGCCAAUAGCUGACCAGCGCGGCCCCAGUAACCAUCCCAGAAACAGCGGUGUUCCAGUCCCCCUCUCGUUUCUAAAGUGCUCGACGAAUUCGCGGCUUCCCCUCACGCGUAAACGUU